UAAACGGUCCAGGAGUGAGAUCUGAAUCCCUAAACCCUAAAAAACAAGCUCAACCCUGAAAAAACUUGGUUCACCUCGCGCAGCUGCUUUUGCCUCCACAGUCCACCCUCUUCAGUCUUCCCUUUCACGCUGCUACUUCCUCUGCUCCAACUCCAAGCAUGACUGCCCAAACUCAAGAAGAGCUCCUUGCUGCCCAGCUUGAACAGCAAAAAGUUCAUGAUGAUGAACCGAUAGUCGAGGACGAAGAUGAUGACGAUGAUGAUGAUGAUGAAGAUGACGACCAUGAUGACGAUGUUGAAGGACAAGGAGAUGGAAGUGGUAGGUCUAAGCAGAGCAGAAGUGAGAAGAAGAGUCGCAAGGCGAUGUUGAAACUUGGAAUGAAAGCAAUUCCAGGUGUCAGCCGUGUGACUGUCAAGAAGAGCAAGAAUAUUCUGUUUGUCAUCUCAAAGCCAGAUGUCUUUAAGAGCCCCGCUUCCGAUACAUAUGUCAUUUUUGGGGAAGCAAAGAUUGAGGACUUGAGCUCACAACUUCAAACUCAGGCCGCGGAGCAGUUCAAGGCUCCUAACCUAAAUACUGUGACAGCAAAGCCCGAGCCAUCAACUUUGGCUCAAGACGAUGAAGAUGUGGACGAAACUGGUGUAGAACCCAAGGACAUCGAGUUGGUGAUGACUCAAGCUGGGGUUUCAAGAUCAAGAGCAGUUAAGGCACUCAAAGCAGCAAAUGGUGACAUUGUUUCUGCCAUCAUGGAAUUAACAAACUGAGCCGCCUUGUAGUGGUGUAACUUACCAUUUGAUGAAUUUUUCUCUUUUCACCUUGCAUCGUCGUGUCUACUUGAGAAUUUGAAGUUCAAAUUUGGGGAUCUUUUUACGAAAUAUUUGAUGUAUCGGUAUGAGAUAACUAUGUUGUGAUGAAUGGUUUUGAUUGUGUUUCACCUGAAUUCAAGUAUAAAUCCCUUCAUAAACGUAA